ACAACUUCCCUCUUGUUGGCCUCUGCACAUUUCGCGUCUAUUUACUGACAAACCCCUUUGGAGGUGCAAGCGUGUCCAGAAAGGUUCCAAGCAGAUUGAAUGCAGCUUAAGUUUUUCUCAUAAUGAUACGGCCUGCGUUCCCCUUUUCUUUUCUCUCGCUUUGGCUCAGUUUCAGCAGUGCUGAUGCAGCGAGUCUGAAAGAGCCACAGAUUUGCUAUGUCUUGGAUGCUGUGCUGUUUAUCUACGGGAUUGUUCUCACUAUCCUGUACUGCAGACUGAAGUUAAGGAACAAACAAGCAGAGAAAAGAACACACUCUAAGAACAAAGAUGCCGGUGAAGGGGUUUAUGAGGGUCUCAAGCCUCAUGAUCAGGACACUUAUGAGACCAUUAAAAACAUGAAAAAAUGAGAAGAACAAGAUGUUGUUCAAAGCAAAAGAAGAUUAAGAAGUUUCGCAUUGUGGACACUGCGUUGUCAUCAGCUGUCAGUAUAACUUAAUCUAUAGCUAUUGUAAAUAAAUUAUAACACCAACUUUGUUAUAAAGAUAAAAGAUAUUGUGUUUAAAUACCUAUCACAUAUGUUAGACUGUUUGAAUGGUACUUGCAAGCCAAGUAUUGAUCAAAUGUAUACAGAAUUUAGAGUUUUUUAACAUUUAGAGUUUUGUGGGAUUAUUCUGCUUGUUCAAUUAUUUAAUUUACAAUCAUAUUUACAUUUUAAUGAAUGUAUUUUUUUACGUAUGUAGCUAGUAACAUAUGACACGCUUGUGUUAUCUAUUUCUGAGGCUAACUUCCUGCAUUUGCUUCUAUAGCAAAAUGCCACCAACCUCACACAGUCCAAGUCAUUUCCUGUUUUACAGAGUACAUCAGUGGUCUGACAAUAUUCAUCUGACUUUGACCACAGGUGUGAGGGUUGGAAACAAAGUUGUGUUCAUUUUUGUGUGUACUGUUUUCCAUUACCGUAGUUUAAUCAUAAGCUCUCAUGUUUUUUUUCUGCGUGGACCAACAAUGUGGGUCACCUUUGACAAUAAGAUUCUAUUUGUUAAUAUUUCACAGUUAAUGCCUUCUCUAACAUGGACUACCAAUGAAAAAUAUUUCUACAGCAAUUAGAAUUUUAAUUCAA